GUGUCUUUGAUCUCAGGUGACCAGAUAUCUGGGCCAAUCUGAUAGGAGCUGGUGUUUAUAAAAGAUCCCCUCACCCAGAACCAGGAGCUCCGUGCCAGCCUCCACAACACAGCUGAUCUCCAGCACCUGCCUCCAGCCUGUCCUCUCCUUCUUCCCUGGUAGUCGGGACGGAUGGCAUUGUCCCAGCUCAGUCCCUUCUCAGCCACAGAGCUUCUCCUGGCCUCCGCCAUCUGCUGCCUGGUAUUCUGGGUGGUCAGGGCCUGGCAGCCUCAGGUCCCCAAAGGCCUGAAGAGUCCACCAGGGCCCUGGGGCUGGCCUCUGCUCGGGCACGUGCUGACCUUGGGGAAGAACCCACACCUGGCGCUGUCGAGGCUGAGCCAGCGUUACGGGGACGUGCUGCAGAUCCGCAUCGGCUGCACGCCCGUGGUGGUGCUCAGUGGCCUGGACACCAUCCGGCAGGCCCUGGUGCGGCAAGGUGAUGAUUUCAAGGGCCGGCCCGACCUCUACAGCUUCACCUUGGUUACUGAUGGCCAGAGCCUGACCUUCAACCCAGACUCUGGGCCGGUGUGGGCCGCCCGCCGGCGCCUGGCACAGAGUGCCCUCAACACCUUCUCCAUUGCCUCAAAUCCAGCUUCCUUGUCUUCCUCCUACCUGGAGGAGCAUGUCAGCAAGGAGGCCGAGGCCCUCCUUGGCAGGUUCCAGGCGCUGAUGGCAGGGGCCGGGCGCUUUGAACCCUACAGCCAAGUGGUGGUGUCAGUGGCCCGUGUCAUUGGAGCUAUGUGCUUCGGGCAGCACUUCCCCCAGCAAAGUGAGGAAAUGCUCAGCCUCGUGAACAACAGCCAUGAGUUCGUGGAGAAUGCCACCUCUGGGAACCUCCUAGACUUCUUCCCUUUCCUUCGAUACAUGCCCAGUGCCUCCCAACAGAGGUUCAAGGACUUCAACAGGAGGUUCACGCAGUUCCUGCAGAAAAUAGUCCAGCAGCAUUAUCAGGACUUUGACAAGAACAACGUCCAGGACAUCACAGGCGCCCUGUUCAAGCACAGCAAGGACUCCAGAGCCAGCGGUGGCCUCAUCCCCCAUGAGAAGAUUAUCAACCUUGUCAAUGAUAUUUUUGGUGCUGGGUUUGACACAGUCACAACAGCCAUCUCCUGGAGCCUUAUGUACCUUGUGACAAAUCCUGAGAUACAGAAGAAGAUCCAGGAGGAACUAGAUGCAGUGAUUGGCAAGGAGCGGCGGCCCCGGCUCUCAGACAGACCCCAGCUGCCCUAUCUGGAGGCCUUCAUCCUGGAGACCUUCCGACACUCCUCCUUUGUCCCCUUCACUAUUCCUCACUGCACAACAAGGGACACGACCCUGAAUGACUACUACAUCCCCAAGAAAUGCUGUGUCUUCAUAAACCAGUGGCAGGUCAAUCAUGACCAGAAGCAGUGGGGGGACCCUGACAAGCUCCGGCCGGAGCGAUUUCUCAAUGCUGACGGCACCAUCAACAAGACCAUGAGUGAGAAGGUGGUGAUGUUUGGCAUGGGCAAGCGCCGGUGCAUAGGAGAGGUCCUGGCCAAGUGGGAGGUCUUCCUCUUUCUGGCCAUCUUGCUGCAGCAGAUGGAGUUCAGUGUGCCGCCAGGCAUAAAAGUAGACCUAACGUCCACUUUUGGGCUGACCAUGAAGCAUGCACGCUGUGAGCAUGUCCAGGCACGGCGACGCUUCCCCAUCAAGUGAAAGAUGCAUCAGCAUGCUGAGGCAAAGGGGAAGAUGGGGAUCAGCCAUGGGGCCACAGCCCCUGUUUCUUCCUUUUUUUUAAAAUAAAAGCUUUAUUGAGAUAUAA